AAACAAUGGCCGCAAUUGUCGUUCAAUAAUAUUAGCGCCAAAUGGAGUGAAGACAGUCCGUAUCCAACCCUUCAGAAUAUAUCAUUACAUCUAAGACCUGAAGAUUUGUUAACAGUUAUUGGACCGGUAGGCGCUGGAAAGAGCUCACUUUUAAUGGCAAUAUUAAAUGAGUUACCGGUGCUCGAGGGAAGUAUACAAACUGUGGGUACCAUUAGCUAUGCCUCUCAGGAGUCCUGGAGUUUCAAUAAUAGCGUCAGAAAUAACAUACUGUUUGGCAGUGAAUACGAUGAGCACCGGUAUAGACGGGUAGUCCAUGUCUGUGCGCUGGAAAGGGAUCUCCAAAUAUUUCCCUUCAGAGACAAAACAUUAGUCGGAGAAAAAGGGGUCUCACUAUCGGGUGGACAGAAAGCUAGGAUCACUUUGGCCCGAGCUUUGUAUCGCAACUCAGAUAUCGUACUAAUGGACGACCCGUUGAGUGCUGUCGACCCCUCUGUUGCCGAACAUAUAUUCCAUAAAUGUAUAGUGGAGUACUUGUCGGACAAAAUCCGAGUUGUAGUCACCCAUCAAAUCCAAUUCAUACGAAAAGCCACUCAAAUACUGGUCUUAAGCCCAGAGGGUCGGUGCCUGGGGUUGGGCUCAUACAACGAGCUCCAGUCCCAGGGAAUCGACUUCAUGGCUAUAGUGAACGAUGGGGAACGGGAGGAGGAAAACGAUAAACAGGAACGGAAGCCCAUAAUGAGGUCAUUCUCCAAGAAUAGUUAUGACGACAAACAGACGGCUAACCCCACGGAGACCCUCCCAACGGAGUCCAUCGACUACAGGGCCAGGAGGUACUCCCGGAACACAUCCGUGGCUCAGACUGAGAUCGUCGAGGUCUCCAACACUAUGGGCGAUGAGGAAGACUACUCGCAUGAACCCAGGAUUCAGGCGGAGAACCGGGAGGUGGGCUCUAUCGGGGGACACGUCUACUAUGAGUAUGUGAAGGCCGGUGCCGGACCCAUACUGUUCACGAUUACCGUGAUCUCGACACUGGUAUCUCAGGGUAUAAUACAUUACUCCGAUUUAUGGCUAACUAAAUGGACCGACAAAAAUCAAAAGGCUGAUGCAAUUGACCAGGGUACGCAAAACUAUUACGUGUACGUCUACUCGGGCCUAAUUGGAGUGCUGUUUGUGACGGGGAUAAUGCGGUCGACCACGUGGUUCGUGAUGUGUAUGCGGGCGUCCGUUAAUCUACACAACAGUAUAUUCGCGCGUCUAUUACGGGCACCGAUAGCCGUCUUUGACAACAUUCCCAUCGGUCAAAUGCUGAACCGAUUCUCGAAAGACAUGGGAAUUGUCGACGAAAUGCUUCCCUUCACUGGUUUUGACGUGAAUUAUUUGUUAAUGGAAGCGAUUGGUAUUAUAAUAACGGUGGCCAUUGUCAACAUUUACCUAAUCAUCCCUGGUAUUUUCUUAAUUAUACUUAUGGUGAUCGUGAGGGGCAUAUACAUGAAAUCGGCCAGGGAUAUCAAACGUUUCGAGGGGAUAACGAGAAGUCCGUUGUAUACUCACGUGAGCACAACCCUCAAUGGGUUGGCCAGUGUGCGGGCCUAUGGGGCACAGGAGGCCUUUGAGCGCCAGUACUAUGUCUACCAAAAUGACCACACGGCCACCUGGUUCCUAUUUGUGUGCACAUCCCGAGCCGUGAGUCUUAUUAUGGACGCGAUAUGUGUGGCAUAUUUAGUGGCCAUAGCCGUCGUGAUGAUGGUAUUCCCCGAACAUAUUGGGAACGGCGGUAGUGCCGGACUGGCCCUCUCGUCGGCCCUAAUGAUGGCGACUAUGACUCAGUGGGGGUUCAGACAGUCGGCUGAGUUUGAGAGUCAGAUGACUUCAGUCGAGCGUAUUAUUGAAUACAAGAGACUACCACAGGAGGCGCCGUUAGACUCGGAUGACACAUACCGACCCCCACCCGACUGGCCAUCCAAGGGUCAGAUAGAGCUGAGGAAUAUGUCUCUGGUAUACGAGGGCUCAGCCAAACCGGUGUUGAAGAGCCUGUGCUGUCGUGUGAAGAGUGGCGAGAAGGUAGGUAUAGUCGGACGUACCGGUGCCGGCAAGUCGUCCAUCAUAUCAGCCCUGUUCCGGAUGGUGGAGCCCAGGGGUGAGGUAGUGGUGGACGGCGUGGACACCAAAUCGAUAGGUUUGCAUGACUUGAGGCGCAACAUCUCAAUCAUACCUCAGGAUCCGGUGGUCUUCACGGGUCCGGUGCGCAGAAAUUUGGACCCUUUCGGGGAAUACACGGAUGACCUCAUAUGGAGUGCCUUAGAGGAGGUGCAGCUCCGACACGCCGUUCAGGACCUGCCCGGACAGCUGGACGGCCUACUGAGCGAAGGGGGCGGUAAUCUGAGUGUAGGUCAGCGCCAAUUG